GGACGAGAUACAACAGGGGACAAGAUCAGUAACUGAGUGAACGUGGCACAGACAAGCAACAUUUCAGCCUGCAAUACUUUAUGUGCCGAGUUGAACCUUAGGACAGCCAAAAGAAACAUUCAUCUUGCAGUACAGUGGAAAUUCACAGAUGACAAGACAUGGGGGGGGAGGAAAAAAUAAACAGUACAUUACACAAGUGAUACCACAAAAUUACUUCACUGCAAAGAGUAACUAACAGUGACAACAGUCAAGUUGUGCCCAGCGAGAGGACAAUAAGGAGUAGCAAAGGAGAAUCAAACAAAAAACUGCAAAGGUUGGGUGUUGAUUUUAUAAGUAAUAAAAAAAAAAAAAAAAAAAAGGAGGAUAUCACAACCAGUGGACCCAGGCACUCCACAAGUAACCUCCCCCAGCUUUAUCUCCUCCACAUCACCACCUCCACCACAACCAUGGGGAUUAUUUCUCGCUGCUUCUGUGACCCCUUCAAGCUGACCUAUGUCUCCGCUAUCGUCACCAGUGUGGAGGCCGUGGUGUUCGGCGUGCUCAACAUCGUGCUCAUCUGCAUGUACACGUGUACCAUCCAGCCGCCCUCGGAGGUGGCACUCGGCUUUGACAAAUUCUGGGCCUACUACUUCUUUGACAAGGAGAACUGCGAAAACAAGGGCAUGAACAGCAUUCCAGAUUGGACGAACUAUAACUUUACACUCACGCCUGAGGAGAGAUCCCUUACCACCCCUUACGACAACUUCAUCUACCAGUGCAUUUACCUCGCCCUUCACGGUGGCUGGAUCCUCACUGGCAUUAUUCUUAUCUACGGUAACGCCAGGAAGAGAUGGGGUUACUACCUCCCAUGGCUGCUGGUGACUACGACUAUUCUGGUGAUGGACAUCACUAUCUCGGCCUUCUGCAUUCAGGAUUUGGUGGCAAUUGAUGCAGACCGCUACGUGAGUGCAAUGUUCUUUAUCUUAGUGUUGUACUUCCGCGUGUUCUUCAUCUGGUUCAUCAACAUGUCCCAGUACGCCAGCGCCUGCAACGCCUUCUGCAAGUCCCGCCACAAGAGGGCCAAGCAGGAGCACACUAGGCAGAAAAUGGCAAAGGCUCACGCUCAGGAGAUAGCACGGGCGGAGGCGGCGACGGAGGCCAGGGUGAGGGCACAGAUAGCGGAACAGCAGGCGGCGCAGGAACAACAACGUGCAGCACAGGAGCAGCAGCCUAGGCGCAAGAUACCGCCACCAGUACCCAAGAAACCCGCGGCGCCGCCAGAACUACGUCCCUUCAGUUACCUCAACCCAGCCUACCGCCCCAACGAUCCAACAGACGUGGAGGGCAUGAGAGCCAACCCCACCGUGGCCCCAGACAUUCCUCCGAAGCCCGUGAAAGUGCAGCAGUUGGCCGGCCCUUACUUCCCUGACGACGGGUACAGCAGAGAGAGACAUCCCGAGGGACUCCAGAGACGCUACGAUUCAAUGAGGAACUACAGAACUCAGGACCGCCACCCAGCUCUCCGUCGGUUCUCCUCCACCCGCGGCCAUCCGAGUUAUCCCCAAGCCACGCCUUACGUCCCCGCCCCAGACUAUGACAUGACGAUGAGGCCACGACCGUCCAGUAAUCAGAAUCACCUGCUGCGUCCCAACCUGUCCCCAAGAUCCUCCACCAGCCGCCCCUACUACGCCGAGGACAUGCCACCCCUUCCCCGCCACCGCCCACACCACCACGCCGCCCACGAUCAUCUGCCGCCGCUACGUGAAGACCCCAGCGUCCAGAAGACCCUGUAUUACGUAUAGCUUGGCUAAAUAUUUCACCUCGUAUAAGUUAGUGUCGUGUUAGAAGUUAGAGUAUAUAUGAUAAACCUACCUAACCUAACCUAACCUAGUUUAAUCCAAUUUAUCACUUUUUUUCUUAUAUACCUAAGGUGAAACUAAUCUAUCAUCUUAGAAAUCCAGCAUGGACUACGUAAUUCACAACCACAGUAUUUUUCCUAUCUCUCUAACGAAACCUAAUUUGCUAUCACAUUUUUUUCUUAUACGUAUUUAACCCAACCUAAUCUACAAUACCUUUCUUAGUUCAGUCGCUCAAGUAGAAACGUUAUGUAAAUAGAUUCCCUUUCCCUACACAGCCCCCUCUUACUAUCUUUAUUUUUUCAUAUCUGUUAGUAUACCCAACGCUCAACACAACAACUAUAGAGAAGUUUAAGAUGUAUAAUAUUCCUCGUCUUACAUAUCUUGCUGUCCGGUAAGUGUAGUGCGUCACAAACAGAGUGAACAAGUUAGCAGAUAUCAACACAUUCUUCCUUUGUGUCUCUUUGUGCUCCUUUGUUUCUAAAGUGUGUGUAAACUUUUGUCUCCCUUCUAACGCUUAAUUCUUUACAUUGUAUCCUCAUCUCUUCAGUAACAUGCUAUGUACUUCCUUUUGUGGCAUGAAGGAAUGUGAUUUUCAGUGUAUUCAUGUUCCUGUGCGUGUGUUAUGAGGCAUUGUUAUGUCGUAAGAAAGUGACACGUUCUUUAUGUUCAUUGUUGAUGAAGAGAGAUGAGUAGGAACAAAAAUUGUUCCUAGAGGUGUGUGUGUGUGUGUGUGUGUGUGUGUGUGUGUAAUACUAGUUUCUCUUAUCAUUGCUUACGAAACGCUCCCUUAUUAUUUAUCCAGUGAGUGAAAUAGAACAAAACACUACGAAACAUUAAAGGUUUUCCAUAGUAAAGCAGAGAAUAUAAUCACACGUCUUCCAUAACAAUAAGAACAAUAUUUAUAUAUUUGUGAAAGGUGAAAAUAAUCAAAUAAUUUUCUAUAACCUUGUUUCGUUCCCUGGAUUACCUUUUAUUGUUUCUAUUUUUCACCCGUCCAGUAAAUACUAUCUGCAGUUUUAGAUUAAGCAACCCACAUUCUUAUCUUUAACUGUAGAAUGAGAGAGCGAUAAGCUUUAUUCUUACGUAUAUGUUAAGAAGGAAAAUAAACUUAUUAAUUCGA